CAUUCGCUGCAUUUGUCAGUCUUCCCAUGAAGAGGAGUUUCCUUCAAUUUAAUUAUCGAUAUAUCAUGUUAUUUACGAUUUGAUAGUGUUUGAUGCGUCGAGUGUACAACGCUGCAGUUUGAAGGCUUCCACAAGAUUCUUUUGUUAGUUGAUGGAGAAAGUGCAACAUACACUUUCGAAUGAAGUUUUAUAAUGUUGAAACUUUUCAAAAGGUGCCGGAGAUUCGCUCGAAAAAACAGGUUGACAAUAUUCAUUAUGACAGCAGCAUCCUUUGUUAUUUUACAAAUAAGCUAUGCUGAUUUUUUGUCUGACAAAGUUGAGUCUGACUCAAAGUAUAGACAACAUGUUGCUGCUCAUAAGGUACUUCCCAAGUGGAAUGAGUCAUAUCAUUCAAAAAUAGUCAAAGAUCCAUAUGGUCAUUCUAUAUCUUUGCGAGGAAUACAUAUCAAAGAUACAUUAAAAUUCAUUCCUAAUUCGAAAGGAAAGUUCAAGUGUCUUAAAUCAAAGACUGAAAUAGAUUUUAUAAAAGUUAAUGAUGAUUACUGUGAUUGCCUUGAAGAUGGUAGCGACGAACCAGGUACAAACGCUUGCAACAAUGGUAUUUUUCAUUGUGAAAAAGUUUCCAAAGGAAUGACAGAAAAAAUUCCAUCCUACCGAGUUAAUGAUGGAGUUUGUGACUGCUGUGAUGGAAGUGAUGAAUGGUUAGAAAUUUCAAUUUUAGACACCCAGAUAGUUUCAGGAAAUCAGCCAUUGCAGUAUCGAAAAACAAUAUGUCAGAACAAAUGUAAUGAUUCAUGAACAGAGCAUUACACUAAUUCAAAGUGUAAUUUUAUCAACAUAAUUAUCUGUUUAGAAUUAAAAAAAUUAUACUUACUGGGUUAAGUAUUUUACAUUCAAAAAGUUUUUACCUUGCGUUUAAGCAUAUUUACUUUAAAA